GGUGGACGGUAAAGUAUUUGGGUGAAAAGGGCCGGAGUGCGGCGCGAGCGCGAGCUGAUGGCAGAGCUGUGCACGGAGCAUCACCGUGCGCGCGGACGUAGCGGGAACUUUCCACGGGGAUGCGACCAGGAAGCAGCACUGCGGGGAGAAGCUCCACGGAGGGAUCCGCUUAAAAUGUGGAUGAAGUGACAGUCACGCUGCUGGUCAUUUACACAGAGUGGAAGAGGGACUGCGCUUUCGUGAAAAUGGCUGUUCGUGGCAACUCGCUGAUGCCGUUCUCGAUCCAAGCCAUCCUGAACAAAAAGGACGACAGUCGACACUUGCCAGAUUUGGACAUGUGCUUCUCCAAGACGACGUGCUGGAAAAUAUUUGGGGAGAUGAACGGCGGCCCCCGGAGGGACGGCGGGGGCGUCUGCGAGCCGCCGGACCGGAAAGGCUACGACUCGGACUCGGGGCUCAGCGACGACAACGAGGGGAAGCCCGCGGCCGCGUGCAGCUCGGAGAAGGACGCGGAUCCGGCGUCGGACGUCCAGGAGGAGAGUGUGCAGGAGGAAACUGACCACGAGUCAGCGGCCGCGGAAAACACGAAGAGCGACAGCGAGCCCGGCAACGCCGCGGACUCCGGGCCGCUGGACGACAAGAGCCUGGACCAGCCCAAGCAGCGCAAGAAGCGCUCCAGGGCCGCCUUCUCGCACGCCCAGGUCUUCGAGCUGGAGCGCCACUUCAACCACCAGCGGUACCUGUCCGGGCCCGAACGGGCCGACCUGGCCGCCUCCUUGAAGCUCACGGAGACCCAGGUCAAGAUCUGGUUCCAGAACCGCCGGUACAAGACGAAGCGCCGCCAGAUGGCCGCAGACCUGAUGGCGUCCACCCCCGCGGCCAAGAAGGUCGCGGUGAAGGUUCUGGUGCGCGACGACCAGAGACAGUACACGCCGGGGGAGAUCCUGCGGCCCCCGCUGCUGUCCCUGCAGCCGUCCUACUAUUACCCCUACGCCUACUGCCUCCCUGCGUGGACGCUCUCUGCGUGCGCGGGGAACCAGUGAGAACUCGGCGACCGUAUUUAUUCAUUUGAUUUGCUCCCAGGAAAUAUACUGAUACUUUUGACAAGAGUCGGAGACGCGAGGAGACCGCGGAGUUCUGCAGCAGUUGAACGGGUCCAGACCGAGGGGUCCCCGAACUGUUAAAACGACGCAUCCGCUUAGUUUUAUCUCUCAGAUAAACGAUAACAGAGUGACUGUGAGAAGGAAAGUGGACGUCCUCGUUAAAUCCCAGUGUGAUAACCCCUGAGACGUCAGUAACACCCACGUAUUCUUCUCCUCGGGAGACCGUCAUAAACCUCUGAAGCCUUAGAGACCUAUAAACUGAACAUGUCACCUUGUGUUGGUUUGUAUUGUACAUGCGCCUUCCUACCUCUGCAGUGAUUGGAGCAUUGACUUUUCAAACAACUGUCUCUGUUACAGGUUUGUUAUUUUCUUGCUGUGUUUGUAAAGGUAAGAUAUUUCAGCACUUUUGAGCAUAUACGUUACAUUAUUUCAAUGUAAGAUGCAUUAUAUUGUAGGCAAGUACAGUGUCAGACUGAGAGGAGGCGGUGUGCCGUGUCAGCGGCCUGAAAGCGACCAGGACGCAGACCGGGACACACCAGCUUCUAAAUGAAAUGUGUUAUUUGUGUUCAAUGGCUGUUUAGACCGAAAUACAUUAAAACAUAUCAGGCAUAAUAUUCA